AGCAGUAAGACACAAGCUAAACAUGGGUGCCACUUGUUCCAGAUGCUGCUUGUGUUACUGCUGUAAAUUGAUCGAGUUUGGAGAGAGUUUUCGCUGCCGUCAUCCUUGUUGCUUUCAAUACUGUGAACCCUGCUUUCACUGCGGCGACUGUUGCGAUGCAGAAGAUGAUUUUCUGUUCGUGAAAGAAACUGAACAGGUUUCUAGAGAAGAGGAUGCUGUUGUUUAUUUAAACGGGGAUAAGUACACAGGCGCCAUGCACAAUAACAAGAAGCAUGGAUACGGUGAGCUCACACGCAAAGAUGGAACAAGUUUAAAAGGCUAUUUUGUUGCUGAUCAUUUCAUUGGCGAGACGCCUGCGGACAAUUUGGCAGAGGUUGGUGCUUCGAAUCAUCAAACAAAUAGUGCUUUAAAACAAGGCGGGCCAAUUGUCUCUCGCCGUGAACUCCAACCGCUAGCCUCUACUGAUGGUCCCGAGGAACCUCUUCAGGACACGUGAUUUGACAUAAGCGAACUAGUCACGUGGCUUAAGAGUCAUUCUUUUGUUCGACUCGUUUCUAGAGUUGGAAAUAAGGCUGGUUCCCGUAGUAUUUUGUUUCUUGGGUAAUUCAAGUUGUUGUCAUACAACAAUGCAGUUGACUAAUGGGUAAAUUCACUGAAUCUGAAGUGUAACAAAAUUGAAGAAAAUGACCAACAGGGCAAAAUCAACAUCAGUCUUAACUGUGCAAGGAAAUAGAACUGAAAAUGAUGCUACCAUUUAAAGGUUUAUUAGCGCACCAAGCUACCUCCAAUAUUGGGUGACAAAACUUUCUUUUCUUUCUUUCUCGUUAUAAUUCACAUCGGUCCGAAAAACCUGAUUGCAAUUGACAACAGUUGAACACAAAAGUAUAGCUGAUGAUCAGAUUGAAACUAAGUCUCAGAUAAGUUAGUUCUUCCAGUUGCUGUAUCUCUUUUUUGUAAGAUCGUUUUAAUAAACGUCACUGUGAUGCC